AUGUGGCAGCGUAAUCAUAUUAUGCAGCUUAUUGUUGUUGUUAAAGGCAUAGGCUUUAACUGCCACACUCUGCUCCAAAGCUGCCUGACGUUUGGGGCUUUCUCAUUCAUAAUUGAAGGUCUUAACAAGCAACAACCAGCACUUGCUUCCUCACUUAAAAUGGGUGUCAACAAGCAACACUAUGGUGAGCUUCCUCCUUUAUCACUCGCCAUCCCAACGAGCUCAAGGAGUCGUUUUCGUCAUUUUGCCGGUCCAUUAGAAAAUGAUGUGGUGAGAGUGCCUUCGUGUAUAUGGUUAUUCUUCAGGGAUAUGAUCAAAGGAAUUCUUUUAUCUGCUGUGAUUGGUCCACCUAUUGUAGCUGCUAUCAUAAUUAUUGUGCAGCUUCCAGAGGGAGAUCUUAGGACCAAAAUUGAGAAUCUUGCUUCAUCUCUUAAAUUUCCAUUGAAAAAAAAGUUUGUUGUUGAUGGAUCAACAAGAUCGAGCCACAACAAUGCGUACAUGUACGGAUUUUUCAAGAACAAGCGAAUUGUCCUUUAUGACACAUUAAUUCAGCUG